AUGUCCCUCAAAUAUACAAGGAAACUCGAAGGCAAGCGAGUACUCGUCCUGGGCGGAACUAGUGGGAUUGGGUUCUGUGUUGCGGAGAACGCUUUAGAAAACGGAGCUCGUGUCAUUGUUGCCUCUUCCCGUCAAUCUUCCAUUGAUAGUACCUUGUCUCGCCUCCGAAACUCCUACCCUGAACUUUCAUCCAAUGUUACUGGUCACACAAUCGAUCUGCGUUCAUCAGAAAGCGAGGCUUCAAUAAUUGAAUUGCUGAAGGCUGCUACAAACGAUGGCACCGAGCCGUGCGAUCACAUCGUGCACACAGCAGGGGACAACCUAUCCAUAGGACCAAUUGACCAGUUUGAAGGAGCUGAAGCACUACUCAAUGCACAACGCGUGCGGCUUCUGGCACCUAUGCUUUUUGCCAAGCACGCGCCUGGCAAGUAUAUGCGCCGCAGCAACACCUCCAGCAUUAUCUUCACAGGUGGUGUGAACACUUAUCGACCUGGUGCAGGUUGGGCAAUUCCUGCACUUGUGGGCGGUGCACAACAAGGACUUAUGCGUGCAUUGGCAGUCGAUCUGAAGCCGAUUCGGGUAAAUUUAGUCGAGCCGGGUGCUAUCGACACUGAGCUCUUUCAGCGCACGUUUACUGGAGAGCAAUUGGAGGCUUUUAGGCAGAAGUAUAGAGACCAGACGUUGACAGGGGCAAUUGGAACACCUGAAAACAUGAGCGAGGCUUAUUUGUACGUGAUGAGAGAUGCUUUCGUGACUGGACAAACUGUUCUGAGUGAAGGUGGUUUGUUGCUUGCACCCGGUGCACAAAGAUAG